CUCCCCCGGCCCCUGCGCUGCUCAGUGGCCGGCUGCGUCCUCUCCAGGAUGGGUGCGCUCCGGACGCAGAACGUCUUCUGGAUGUGCGCUUCGCUCCUGCUGGGAACAGCAACAGUCUACAGCUCAAACGUCUGCACUUCCAGAGGAGCCAGCACAUGCAAGCAGUGUCUGGCCGUGCACCCCAGCUGUGCGUGGUGCCUCCAAGAGGACUUCGGUCAGGGAGUCGCCAGCUCGUCCCGCUGCGACUUGAAAGCCAACCUGCUGGCGUCGGGCUGCGCCCCGUCGGCCCUGGAGUCUCCGGCCAGCCGACUGCAGGUGAUCGAGGACCGGCCGCUCAGCAACAAGGCGGCCGGGUCGACGCAGGACAUCACCCAGAUCAAGCCCCAGAGGCUGCACAUCACCCUGAGGCCAGACGAUGCAAAGCGCUUCACGGUGAAGGUGCGCCAGGUGGAGGACUACCCCGUGGACCUCUACUACCUCAUGGACCUCUCCUACUCCAUGAACGACGACCUGGUCCGCCUGCGCACCCUGGGGAAGAGCCUGGCCGAGGCCAUGAACCGCACCACCAGCAACCUGCGCAUGGGCUUCGGGGCGUUCGUGGACAAGCCGCUGUCUCCCUACAUGUACAUCUCGCCCGAGGAGGCCGUGAAGAACCCCUGCUACAGCAUUAAUACCACCUGUCUGCCCCAGUUUGGCUACAAGCACGUCCUGACUCUGACGGAGGAGGUGGGCCGCUUCACCGAGGAGCUGAAGAAGCAGAUCGUGUCCAGGAACCGCGACGCGCCGGAGGGAGGCUUCGACGCCAUCAUCCAGGCCGCCGUGUGCAAGGACCAGAUCGGCUGGCGGACCGGCGCGUCCCACCUACUGAUCUUCACCUCAGAUGCUAAAACCCACGUGGCUCUGGACGGCCGCCUGGCCGGCAUCGUGCAGCCCAACGACGGCGAAUGCCACCUCAACUCUGAAAACAUGUACAGCAUGUCUACCACCAUGGAUUACCCGUCCCUCGCCUUGAUCACGGAGAAGAUGUCGGAAAACAACAUCAACCUCAUCUUCGCAGUCACCAGCCCGGUGGUUCCCCUGUACCAGAACUACAGUGAGCUGAUUCCUGGCACCACAGUGGGAACGCUGUCCAACGACUCGGGCAACGUCAUUCAGCUCAUAUUGAAGGCGUACGCUAAAAUUCGUUCCAAGGUGGAGCUGGAGCUCCAGGGCGUCCCGGAGGAGCUGUCUCUGUCUUUUAACGCCACCUGUCUGAACGGAGAGCUCAUCCCCGGCCUCAAAUCCUGCUCCGGGCUCAAAAUAGGAGACACGGUCUCCUUCAGUGUGGAGGCUCGAGCUCGCGGUUGCCCCAAGCAGAAAAAGAAAACCUUCGUAAUCAAGCCGGUGGGCUUUAAGGACUCGCUGUCCAUCACCGUCACCUUCGAGUGCGACUGCAAGUGCCAGAGCAAGGCGCAGCCGGACAGCGCCCGCUGCAGCCAGGGCAACGGCACCUACGAGUGCGGCAUCUGCCUGUGCCACCCGGGCCGCCUGGGGCCGCACUGCGAGUGCGCCGAGGGCGACUACAACCCCAGCGAGCAGGACCGCUGCAGCGGCCCCGCCGGCUCCGGGGGGCCGCAGGCCGCCGUCUGCAGCGGCCGCGGCGACUGCGUGUGCGGCCAGUGCGUGUGCCACAGCAGCGACUUCGGCAAGGUCUGGGGGAAGCUGUGCGAGUGCGACGACUUCAACUGCCUGCGCUACAAAGGAGAGCUCUGCUCAGGUCACGGCGUCUGCAACUGCGGCUUCUGCCAGUGCGCGCCGGACUGGCAGGGGGAGAACUGCAACUGCUCCCGGCGCACCGACACCUGCAUGUCCAGCCUGGGCCUGCUGUGCAGCGGCCGGGGCCAGUGCGUGUGCGGCGCCUGCGAGUGCACGCAGCCCGGCGCCUACGGCGCCACGUGCGACAAGUGCCCCACCUGCCCCGACGCCUGCACCAUGAAGAAGGAGUGUGUGGAGUGUAAGCACUUCAAGAGAGGAAGACUGUUUGACGACAACACCUGCAGUCGGAUCUGCAAGGAUGAAAUCGUGCUGGUGGAUAAAUUAGAGCUCAAUGACACCAACGCUGUGAACUGCACCUACAAGGACGAGGACGACUGCGUGGAGAGGUUUCAGUACUACGAGGACGCCAACGGAAAAUCCAUCCUGUUUGUUGUGAGGGAGCCGGACUGCCCCAAGGGUCCCGACAUCCUGGUGGUGCUCCUGUCGGUGGCCGGAGCCAUCUUGUUCCUGGGCCUGGCCGCUCUGCUCAUCUGGAAGCUGCUGGUGACCAUCCACGACCGGCGGGAGUUCGCCAAGUUCGAGGAGGAGCGCGCCCGAGCGAAGUGGGACACGGGGCACAAUCCUCUGUACAAAGGAGCGACGUCCACCUUCACGAACAUCACAUACAGAGGAAAAGACUGACGCCGCCGAGCGAAGACGAAAGGAGAAGGGGUGAAGUGACGGACUCCUGCCGUCCUCUGUGCGAAGGCAGCGAAUCAUGUGCAGGCUUCUACUGUUACAAGGCAAUAAUUAAUCAAUGUUUCUGUGUAAAUAUGUAGAAUUGACUCCAAGGAGAUAAUUUAUCAGGGUUUUUUGCCGAAAACAUCCCAUGAAUGCUACACUGGUGAAUCAGAUGUGGGUGAAAUCGACUCAGAUCUAUUUUUUGUAAAGGUUUGGUUCACCCAAACACAUGUUGAGGUGUAGUAUCGACCAGAGCACAGCACUCAGAAUCCUUUAUAUAAGAAAUUAAACACUUUAAAAAGAAACAGGACCAAUGAGAACACACACACCUUUUGGAGAAUUAAAGACGUGGUAAGUAUGAUUUAUCUCAUCGGCCACUGCAGGUUGAAACUGUUCCAAUUAGGAGAAAACAGCUUUGAAAAAUACUGUAUUUAAGCAUGAUGAAAUAUUUAUAGGGAAAAACACAAAUCUAUCCUUUUUUUUUUUUUUUUUGCCCAUGAGUCGAAACAGGAAAAAAUGUGUAUAUAUGUGAUGGACGUGUGUUAACUAAUUUUGGGAGUCAGUGGAGGAAACGCAGGGCAGAUACUGUCAUUCAACGUCAUCUCUGCUUCCCGGUCGCAGUGUUGAACCUUCCUGUUCAAAGAUAAAGUGUCUUUAACCCUGUCAAACGACAUCCUGCAGAUACAAUGUGGUUUAGACUGAACUGUAUUUAAAAAUGGACUUUAUUUGUGUCAGAAUUGUUUGUGAGUGUGUUCAUGCCUUUUGUUGAACCUGAAAAUAUAUUAAAAAAAAAUUGUCAUUC